GCGCCUCUGCACGGUCUGGUCUAUCGCGCGCCCGGCAAAUCUCGAAGAGCGAACUUCUCCGUCUCCCUCUAGGCACGAGCCGUCGCGACACGCGAUCAACAUUAACGUACGUGACCGGAUGCGAGGAACAGUGACGAACGAUAGUUUCGAGAGCCUUUUCCACUCGUGAGGACACUGUCGAUUUCAGUCGAGUAAUUUCCGAUAUUUCCAAUCUCGCCGACCGCAGGAGCCCGGGAAUUUACGGAGCAUUCGGUGAAUUCUAUCGAAACGUUGCAAAUGUCAAAGAACGAAAUUAUUACAUCGCUGCCAGAUAUAUAUUUGGGACGCUAGAGAGAUCCGAUCGUAUCUUUCGAUUGACUGGCGCUCAAAGCUUGCGCCGCUUUUCUAAUCGAACGAUCGCGGCGCGCAAGGUCGCGAGCUUUUUUGAACGGGGCGUCUGGUGAAUUUUUUACAACGAUAUAAAAUAACUGCCGAUGCUUUCCUCGCGAAGAACAAAGUCGAAAAAGAGAAAUCGUGCUUUCGCGAGGUGAAAAGGCGACUCCUCAAGUUCGAUCGAAUUUAUUCUUCUCGUCAUUGAUCAUCUAAUCGAAGAUCUUUGCGUGAUCCUAACCCUGCAGGGUUUUUUAAUUUAAUCGGUUGCACUGAGUACAUGCCGGAAGCGACGUGCAAAGUAUCGAUAUAUAUGUAAAUAUCGAGGAAAAAAGAGUGAAACGAAGUCAGUGCGACAGUCAUUCAAUCGCGAGCGAAAAGUUUCUGUUGGAAAUUCCAUCAUGACACGAUGCCGGUGGAAUGACGUAGACGAGGGCGGUGAUGGUCAGAGAAAGUUAUGGAUUGUUUGAGACACUAACUGGACUGAGACUUUAUUUUGUGGGUGUGCAAAGAAGAAGCGUGCGAAGGGCGAAUUUCUUCCGAGAGUCACGAGCGAACGCGCUAAAUGAAAGUCUUACUAUGCUAAGAUAUGAUGAUGAAGAGCCGUCUUCAAGUCUGCACCCACGAGACUUAAUAACGUGGGAACCGAUCGGUGAGACUUGGCGGCGUGCGAGGGUGGUGUCCGCGGGCAUCACCGAAAGCUGGGGCAUCUCGAGGACGAGGAGGUCCUGGAGGAGAAGGUGGCCCGCAGGCGGGACGGAAGGUCGGAGGUGACUAUUCACCCCACAUGGACACCACCCCCAAAGGACCCCCCGUACCCCCCACACCGGAUAUCCUGUCGCCAUUAUCUCGCCGCGGAAUAUCCGACUUGAGCAUCGUUCUGGUGCCACCACGCCAGGCCUUACGUCGCCGUCAACGCUGUCGAAUAUCCAGCAGGAGGCCUCCUUCAUUGCUUUUAAGAACGUCAUCUUUAUUAACGUCGUUUCCGUCACCUACGUGCCUCGAUCCUCUUCGUCCUCUGUGCCCCGUAACAGAAAGACCGCCGAUCCGUCGUCGUUUCUUCAGUGUCUUGGAAAAUAAGUAUCGCGCUCAAAGAUCGUCCAUCGCUGCUGGCAGUGAAACGAUCUUGUUCGAAGAUAACGCGACGACGUUGAGCACUGAUCGCCGGACAGACGGAAAAUUUUGUACGUUCCACGUUUUUAUAUCGCAUCGAUGCGCGUUUGAUGCCCACUUUACAAUAGCCGACCAGCGUCGCACCGGGAGAUCGCAUCGCCUAACGGUUGUCAUCUUCUGCGUCGACGAACAUAUCGACAGACUCCGUCCACAGAAGCGCCUAACUCGAAAGUACAGCCUAAAACUACGCAAACAAUGUCGCGCAGCGCUGCCACACGGCCUAUGCAAGGCGUAGCGAUCGCAUCGAGGAAAUGUUUCAAGGCUUCGUCGCAGGAAGAUCGUGUUUUCCUGUGUUCGGCAAAACGGGCAAAACUUCCGGAAAUCCAGAUUUCCGUGACGCGUUUAUGGAAAUCGAGAAGAUUCGACAAAAUUUCCUGACAAAAUUUCUUCUCACGGACAACUGCGGACAACUGUGUUCUACCGGGUGAAAAACAUUUACGCUUUGUGCGUGGUGAGCAUCGGGCACGGGGUUUCGAGUGAUUCGAACCCCCCGAGAGAAUGUCGAUCGGACAACUGGAUCGCCGAUACGAGAGGCAGUCCAGUAGUGGUGCUGUGGCUGGGCACGGUGGAUUUCGGAUCACGAGGGGCCAGCUGGCGGACUAAUGCGGUCCCGCAAUGAUCCGCGAAGACGAGAAGACGGUGGUGGGCCCCAGGUGGAAGAACUAUGUAAAAGGCGAAGCGCGAAGCGGGGGGGACGAGGUCGUCUCGCCGCCGGCGGCGGCGCGGCUCAGGUGCCCGAAGGUGGCAGAAGAGGUGAAGGAUUACGACGACGAGACCGAAUUAGCAGAUGCGACGAUACGUCGUGGUACUGCGAGGACAUCCAGGAGCAGCGAGGCAGGUAGCCGCAGAUGUUCGACGCAGGAAGCCGAGGAAGACGACGACGGCGGCGGCGUUGGUGGCGGUGGUAACGGCCGCAGGAAACGGAAGAAACGGCGGAAAACGCAACAGCGGAGCAAGCUGCAGCUGCAGCAGCCACAGCUGGAGGUGACGAUCGGUAGCGGCGGUCAACAGCGGUCACAUGCGCUCACCCUCGCCUCGUCGUCCGAUGAGGUCGAGGCGGUGGGCGAGUGCUCGAAGAGGGAUUCAUCCAGUAGUCUGGGUGGCGGUAGCCGGCACAACACCUUACGGGAAUCUUUGCUGACAGUGUUGGGCAAGUUGGUGAUAUGGAAGGGCACCAGAUACCGGUCCGCCACCGCCGCCUCGUCUUCCUCAUCGGUGCCGCCGAAUUCGCCACCCGCCACCGAGUGCAUCGGUCGUAGCACGUCCUUCUUCUCCAGCGAAACAGAGAGGCGGAUUCGCGCCAAUAAUCGCGAGUACAACUCACAAUUUAAUUAUGCGAAUAAUUACAUCAAGACGUCCAAGUAUUCGGUUCUGACGUUCCUACCAUUGAAUUUGUUCGAGCAGUUUCAACGGCUCGCUAACUUUUACUUCCUAUGUCUGUUGGUGCUUCAGAUGAUCCCCGCCAUAUCCUCCUUAACCCCUAUCACUACAGCCAUACCGCUUAUAGGGGUACUCACGCUCACUGCCGUCAAAGAUGCCUACGACGACUUUCAACGGCAUAGCAACGAUUCUCAAGUAAAUAAUAGGAAAUCCCGAACAUUACGGGGUACUAAUCUUCGUGAGGAAAAAUGGUCGCAAGUCCAAGUAGGCGAUGUAAUCAGAAUGGAGAACGAUCAGUUUGUCGCAGCGGACGUUCUGCUCUUGACAACGAGCGAACCGAACGGCCUCUGUUACAUCGAAACAGCAGAAUUGGACGGGGAGACGAAUUUGAAGUGUCGUCAGUGUCUGCCCGAAACUGCCGAGAUGAUGGAUAAUCACGAAUUGAUCGGCCAAUUCGAUGGAGAAAUUGUUUGCGAAACCCCGAAUAAUUUAUUAAAUAAAUUCGAUGGAACACUCACGUGGAGAGGACAAAGAUACGCAUUGGAUAACGACAAGAUUAUUUUACGAGGCUGUGUUCUCAGGAACACGCAGUGGUGCUAUGGCAUGGUGAUCUUUGCAGGCAAGGAUACCAAAUUGAUGCAAAACUCAGGGAAGACCAAAUUUAAGAGGACCUCUAUAGAUAGGCUGCUGAAUCUUCUCAUCAUCGGAAUAGUGUUUUUUUUACUUUCCUUAUGUCUAUUCUGUAUGGUCGGCUGUGGUAUUUGGGAAAGUUUAGUAGGGCGUUAUUUUCAAACGUAUCUGCCGUGGGACUCAUUAGUGCCGAGCGAGCCUAUAACCGGUGCCACAGUGAUCGCUCUACUCGUGUUCUUUUCGUACUCUAUCGUAUUGAACACAGUGGUGCCAAUCAGUUUGUAUGUGAGUGUCGAAGUUAUUCGAUUUGUUCAAUCAUUUUUGAUAAAUUGGGAUGAGGAAAUGUAUUACGCGCCCACAAAAACACAUGCUAAAGCUAGGACUACUACGUUAAACGAAGAGCUGGGCCAAAUAGAAUAUAUAUUCUCUGACAAAACCGGAACAUUGACGCAGAACAUAAUGACUUUCAACAAGUGUUCUGUGGCGGGAAAAUGUUAUGGCGACAUCAUCGAUGAAGUUACUGGCGAGGUCAUCGAUUUGAGCGAGACGGACAGAGCUGUUCCAACACCAACGAUGCGAUGGAAGAACGGACAAGAAUUUGUACGUCCAGUUUAUACACCUUUAAGUGGUCCAAAUGUACGUCUUCUGGAACAAGCAGACAUAGUAUCCAAUACAACACCGGAACCUGGCAUCAACGGCAGUCCAAAGAUUCCACACAAGUCUUCAACAAUGCCACCUUUGGAUUUCUCGUUUAACAAGGAUUACGAACCAGACUUCAAGUUCUAUGAUCCUGCAUUGCUUGAAGCCGUGAAAAGAGAGAAUCAGGAUGUCCACAGUUUUUUCAGAUUGCUGGCGCUCUGUCACACUGUUAUGCCAGAAGAGAAAAAUGGCAGGAUUGAAUACCAAGCACAGUCACCCGAUGAAGCUGCUCUCGUAUCCGCCGCUAGAAAUUUUGGCUUUGUUUUCAAAGAAAGAUCACCCAACAGUAUAACGAUAGAAGUAAUGGGAAAAAAAGAGAUAUAUGAAUUACUCUGCAUUUUGGAUUUUAAUAACGUACGAAAGAGAAUGUCUGUAAUUUUGAGGAAAGAUGGGCAUCUUCGAUUAUAUUGCAAAGGAGCGGAUAAUGUUAUUUACGAGCGAUUGAAAAAGGACAGCGAAGAAAUAAUGACGAAAACAUUGGAUCAUCUAAAUAAGUUUGCAGGUGAAGGUUUAAGAACAUUGUGCCUUUCUGUGAGGGAUUUGGAUGAAAGCUUUUUCAAUAAUUGGAAACAACGUCAUCAAGAAGCGGCAUUAAGCCAAGAAAAUAGAGACGACAAACUGGACGCAAUUUAUGAAGAAAUAGAGAAAGAUAUGUCACUAUUAGGUGCUACUGCCAUUGAAGAUAAAUUGCAAGAUGGUGUACCUCAAACCAUUGCCAAUCUGAGUCUCGCUGGUAUCAAGCUUUGGGUAUUAACAGGUGAUAAACAGGAGACGGCUAUCAACAUCGGUUACUCGUGUCAAUUACUAACGGAUGAUCUCACGGAUGUCUUCGUCAUAGACGCCACUACUUACGACGGCGUAGAGACACAGUUAACACGAUGUUUGGAUACUAUUAAGACAGCUUCGACCCAACAAAAACGGCCGACUCUCUCCAUCGUCACAUUCAGGUGGGACAAGGAAAGCAGUGAUACAGAAUACAAUCCUAGGGAUGAACAGGAUGAACAUGAAAUGGAGCAUUCAACAGGAUUUGCAGUGGUUAUCAAUGGACAUUCUUUGGUUCAUGCGUUGCAUCCACAACUGGAACAACCUUUUUUAGAAGUAUCCAGUCAAUGUAAAGCUGUAAUAUGUUGUCGAGUGACACCACUGCAGAAAGCAAUGGUCGUUGAAUUGAUUAAGAAAAAUAAAUCCGCGGUAACUCUGGCAAUUGGCGAUGGCGCCAAUGAUGUCUCGAUGAUAAAAACGGCUCACAUUGGCGUUGGUAUUAGCGGGCAGGAAGGAUUGCAAGCUGUGUUGGCCUCGGAUUAUUCGAUAGGACAAUUUAGGUUUUUAGAAAGAUUACUUCUGGUCCACGGCAGAUGGUCAUACUACAGAAUGAGUAAAUUCCUUAGAUAUUUUUUUUAUAAAAAUUUUGCAUUUACUCUCUGUCACAUCUGGUUUGCCUUCUUCUGUGGAUUCAGCGCACAGACUGUGUUUGAUCCUAUGUACAUCUCUGUCUACAAUUUAUUUUAUACUUCGUUACCGGUUUUGGCAGUUGGUAUUUUUGAUCAAGACGUUAAUGACAAGAACAGUUUAAUGUAUCCAAAAUUGUAUGCGCCAGGAUUGCAGAAUUUGCUCUUCAACAAGAAGGAAUUUUGUUGGAGUGCUCUGCAUGGAUUUUAUGCUAGUUGUGUAUUAUUUUUAGUACCUUAUGGAACAUACAAAGAUGGAGUAUCACCAAAGGGUUACGUACUUUCUGAUCACAUGCUGCUGGGCAGUGUAGUAGCUACUAUAUUAGUUAUAGUCGUGACUGUUCAAAUAGCCCUCGAUACGUCUUACUGGACAGUUUUUAACCACAUCAUGGUGUGGGGUUCGCUCAUUUGGUAUUUUAUUUUAGAUUACUUCUACAACUUCGUCAUAGGUGGUAGUUAUGUGGGUAGUCUUACGAUGGCCAUGUCGGAGGCAACUUUUUGGUUCACAACGGUGAUAUCUUGUAUAAUUCUCGUUAUACCGGUACUUUCAUGGCGAUUCUUCUUUAUGGACGUUAGGCCGACGUUGUCCGAUAGGGUCAGACUGAAACAGAGGCUGGCACAAUUGCGUUCCCGUCAAAGUCAAGAUAUACUGCGUACACCAUCUACGAGACGUACACGACGAUCUCUACGAUCAGGCUAUGCCUUUGCUCAUCAAGAGGGCUUUGGCAGACUUAUCACGUCCGGGAAAAUUAUGCGCAAAUUGCCAAAUGGUGCUGAUUUUAAGUUUUCUAUGCCGUUUACGAACAAUGUUACAAAACAAGUUAAUAUUGCCACAACAUCACCAAAAGACAAUAGUGCAUCUAGAAAUUCGCACACAUUGGACACGAUUAAUUUGUAAUAACUUGAAUAUUAGUUAGAACUCAAAGAAAACGCUAAAGUGCAGGUGAAUCUAGUGAAUUUUUCUUAAUUUAUUUAGUUAUGGAUGUGUUUUAAGUCAAAAUUUUUAUUGCAUCGAAUUUAUUAAUUCCGGUGUAUCCCAUUGAAACUGUAUUUCUAUUUUUUUUUUAUUUUUAUUAAUUAAGAGGUGUAAAUGAUAUAUUGUGUGCAGUAUUUGUAAAGAUCUCGUCAAGAAUCGAUGUCUGUGAUUAUAUUACAUUUACUUUAAAUAUUUGUUUGAAAAAAAGUUUUUAAACAAUUAGAAUCACUAUUAUGAUUUAUAAAAGAUAUCUAUGAGUGAUACAUAACAUUAAAAUAAAUGCAUGUAAUUGUUAAUACAUUCAAUUCCAAUGGGAUACAUUGAAUUACACUACAAUAGUAGUAGCAUAUGCUAUUUAUGUCUAUACAUUAAGCAUUUAUCGACUUGUUAUAAUUAUGACUUAAAUAUUAUAUCUUCACGUGUUCAAUAAUUUUUUAAUUACAUCUUCACACUUUUGCCAAGUAAAUGCACGAAAUACGUAUACUUGAUUUAACAUUUUGAUGCUGCAAUUGUUUUCAUUACAUAUGUAAAUAAUAAU